GUCGAUUCAAGCCGUCGAUCAUCGUCAUGGACUCUGUUGGUCUUCCGCCUGAUCGAACGACUGAAGAAUUACUGCAGAAUUUAACAUUGGACUCGGAUAGCGGAAGGACACACCGAGUUCAGGAGUGCACAAAUAAGAACAAGCUUCUUGAGAUAUCAGCAUUGCCAUUCUACCAGGAUUCUACAGUGCCUAGCAUGUUCUGCAACUCUAAUACACAUCCAUCACCAACAUAUUAUUAUGGUGGUUAUGAUGGCUCUACAGUCGGUGAAUGGGAUAGAUAUGUAAUGCCAGGUGGAGAUGAAAUACCUCCCAAUAUGUAUGAUAACUAUCAAACGCGCUAUAGUUAUGCACCAUAUGAAACAUAUUCCCCAUCCUGCUCAAAUGUUGGACAUGAUAUCAAACCACAACAAUAUCCAUAUCCCACUAGACAUGUUCAACCUUCUUCAACUAACAACGGGACAUACUCAUGGAACCAACCAACUGAUGUCCAUUCCAAGGUCAUAUCAUCUGUUGUUUCUUCUCAACUACUAUUUCCUGGGGAAAGUAAAGGAAAUAAGUAUUAUAAUAGCACUGGCCUUGUUAAUCGAACCGUCAUGAAGCCGGUAAGACAUAAUUAUCAGCAUUCUUUGCUGAAAUCAGCAGAUGUCUAUGGCUGGGGAAACAAGUCAGCAGCACCACAUUGGACGUCUUCACCAGCUGCACAAAUCAGCAAUAUCCAUUCCAGAGAAAGCCAAAAUCUGCAGCAUCCUAGACAUCUCAUGGGCUUGCAGCAUCAAAGGGUGCCAGCUGGACUAGGUGGUGGGUACACAAAUCAGAUGAAUCCAAACAAUGGUUUAGGAUUCAAAGCGGAGAGUUAUGGUGUUAGGUCAGGUGCACAUGAUUGUGUGGCUAUUCAUAACGCAGAUAGGUCACAUGGUCGUAGCAUUGUUCUAUCAAGUGAUAACACUGAAAGUGCAAGUAACAUAAGUCUGAACAGAGGGCCCCGUGCAAAAGGCGUGAGGGAUCAGAAGGACUCUGAAGCCAUUAUUCUAGCAGUUAAGGAGCGUAUUCUUAACACUGUGAAGGGUAACAAUGACAAUGAACCUUUACCUCUUUUACCGGGCAGGGGACAAUUCAACCAAGAUGAUUUUCCAGAAACAUUCCCAGAUGGCAAGUUCUUCGUCGUUAAGUCAUACAGUGAAGAUGAUGUAUAUAAAAGUGUCAAAUAUGGUGUAUGGGCCAGCACCCCCAACGGUAACAAGAAACUAGACGAAGCAUACAUAGAAGCCCAGGAGAAGCCCGGUGGAUGCCCUGUAUUUUUGCUUUUUUCUGUCAAUGCAAGUGGACAGUUUGUUGGUCUUGCAGAGAUGGUUGGUCCUGUUGAUUAUGAUAAGACAGUAGAAUAUUGGCAGCAAGACAAGUGGAAUGGGUGCUUUCAUGUUAAAUGGCAUAUUGUAAAAGAUGUACCAAACAGUAUGUUGAGGCAUAUCAGACUAGAAAAUAAUGAGAAUAAACCUGUAACUAACAGCAGAGAUACUCAGGAGGUUGGGCUUGAGCAAGGUAAUCAGAUAUUGAAGAUAUUCAAAGAGCAUUUUAGUAAAACAUGCAUUUUAGAUGAUAUUGACUUCUACGAAGGGCGGCAGAAGAUGAUGCAUGAGAAAAAGGCUAAGCAACUCUUGUCAUCAAACAAACAGGAUGGAAAUGUCAAACCAGCUGUGGUAGUGUCAGCACAAAAAGUUGUUGGGGAAAUAGAUACAGAAGGAUUUACUUCUUUAAAUGGAGGAGUGAAGAGGCGGGAAGAACAAAGAUCGUUUGCAGCAGUUCUGAUUUCCCAUGAUAAUAAAUCGCACAAAAUGGCCUAGUUAUUUAAAGUAGAAUAAUCUAGGUAAUAGGAUACAUACAUAAUAGAAACAUGUUUUUCUUCACGCUUGUUAUGGAUCUGUACAAAUGAGGAUCAUAACAUGGUUAUAAUGAGGGACUGAAAAGAUACAGGUAUACGGCUAAGACGUACAUUUGAGUUUUUGACUCCAAUUGAUCUGUGCGUUUUGAGUUGUUUUGG